AGGCGCCUGCGGCGGUUGGUGCCCGGCCGGGAGCGGUUCGGCGCGUACCGCCUGCUGCCCUUCUUCUUCGUCCUCGGCGGGGCCAUGGAGUGGUUCAUGAUUAACGUCCGCAUCGGCAAGGAGACGUUCUAUGACGUUUACCGGAGGAAGCGAUCCGAAAGACAGUACGAGGCAAGGAUGGAAAAGAGCGAAUCUUAGCUGGAGGCUCCAAGGGACGCAUCUCAGAGUUUGCACGUGUGCGAUGGAGGCACUGCCGCGAUGUGGUGGGCGGGAGGGCUCUGCGCCGGCCGGCACUGCGGGCUGGUGUUUGUUAGCAGGUUGUUCUGCACUCUUUUGUAUUUAACAGAAUUCAUCGGGUUUAGGCCUUCGCCAUCUAUUGAAUGUUUGGUUGGUACUUCUGAAUAAACUGAAAUGAGUGCACUGAAA